CUACGCAAAAGCACGUCAUACACCAUAGUAUGAGCCUCCCCCCGUCCUAGCCCAGUUUGCCGUCCGUCGCUCGCUCGUGCGCUCGCUCCCAAGGCGGCGUGCGUGUCUUAUUAGCAACGCAAAUGGACGAGGACUAUGACACAGCGAAUAUGCAUAACUACGCUGCGGGGUCGAACGUCGCCCGGUGGGGGCGACUAGAGGAGCUGGACCCCGGAGACGAGGCCUUCCUGAAAUCCUUGGAGCGAAAGCAGCAGUUGAGGAAGCCCCUGAGAUGCCAGGUCGGCGGAUGCACUGCUGACCUGACAGAUGUAAAGAAGUACUUCCAGCGGUACCGCAUCUGUGAGCGCCACCUCAAGGCGCCGUCUCUGAAGAUGGACGGGCGCGCCGUCCGUUUCUGCGACCAGUGCUCCAAAUUCCACGACAUCGGCGCAUUCGACGGCGCCCGCCGCACCUGCACCGAGAAGCUGGAGAAGACGCGGCAGGCGCGGGUGGUGCGGCGCAUGCGCAGGGGCGGAGGCGGCGGAGGAGGAGGGGGGGCCGGAGGCGGAGGAGGCGGAGGAGGGGAUGGGGAGGGGAGCGGCCGGCGCGGCCGCCGGCAGCAGCGGGGAGAGGGAGGGUCGGACGGCGGCGGAGGCGGAGAAGGAUCCAGCAGUGAUGGCGGGGAUGGGGAUGGGGACGGGGAUGGAGAUGGAGACGGCGGCGGCAGCGGCAGCGGCCGGUAUGGUGGCGCCAGCGGCAGCGGCAGUGAGCAUGCCGUGAAGCGCCGGCGGUGGGAGGCAGCCGAGGAUGAAGACCGCGGCGGCGGCGAUGACUAUGACAUGCCGGCGGACGGCAUGCACGGCAGCGGCGGACUCAGCGGCGGCGGGCUUGGCGGCGGGCUUGGCGGCGGCGGGCUCGGCGGCGGGCUCGGCGGCGGGCUCGGCGGCGGGCUCGGCGGCGGCGGCGGCAGCGUGUACGGCAGCGACCGCGCCGCCGCCGCCACCGCCGCCGCCGAUCGCGAGCUGCUGCCUGGCGGCGCCGACAACCGCUCUCUGCGCGACUUCGACGGGCUGGCGGCGGCUGGGGCGGCGGGUACGGCACCGCCGGAGCCGUUGGACCUACGGCUGCCGCCAAUGGGCCUCGCAGGCGGCGGCCUGUUACAGCCGCCGCUGCUGCCUCCGGCAGACCUGCUCGGGCGCGGCGGCGGCGGCGGCAGCGGCAGCGGCGGCCUCGAGCCCAUGGGCGGUCUGCUUCAGGCCCUGAACGGCGGCGGCGGCGGCGGCUCGAUGUCGCUUGACCUCGAGCAGGCACCGCUCCUGGGCAUGCACGCCUCCUCGCCCGCGUCCCUUGGCGGCGGCGGUGGCGGCGGUGGCGGCGGGGCUGGUGGCGGCGACCUGGGGCGGUCGCUGUUGCUGUCCCGCACAAGCCUGUUGCUGCCUGGCGGCGGCGCCGGCGCCGGCGCCGGCGGCAUCAAUGGUGGUGGCGGCGGCCACGGCCGCCUGCUGGGCGGCGAUGACGGCGUUAUGGGUGCGGUGGAGGCCGGCCUACAAAGGCCCCUGUCCGCCACCCGCCUGCUACUGCGGGGCCUCAGCGGCGUGCCGCUGGGCCGCAGCGGCGGCAGUAGCAACCUGUCCGCGGAGGCCGUUGCUGCUGCUGCUGCGGGCCUCGCGGCGGCAGUAGCAGGGACCGGCGGCGGCGGCGGCGGCGGCGCCGGUGGGCGAGGCCGCGGCAGUGGCGGUGGCGGUGGCGGUGUGAGGAGCGGCGGCGGCGCUACCAACGUCGUCCCGGGCGGCGGCAAACCAGACGACGUGCACAUGGCGGGAUCGGACGAUGAUGAUGUUGUCAUCGUCAGUGACGCCGCCGCCAUCGCUGCCGCCCGCCAGGCCCGUGCGACCAGGCCGGGCAGCGGCGGCUCCAAUGCGGCCGCCGCCGCCGCCGCCGCCAGUGCUGGCGCUGCUGCCGGCGGCAACGGCGGUGACGCUCUGGACGGGGCUGCCGCCGGGGCCCGUGCCUCACAGACCCAUCGGCUUGCAGACCUGCCGCAGCCUGGCGGCGGCGCAGCCGGCGGCGGUGGCGGCGCAGCCGGCGGCGGCGGCGCGCCGCAGGUGCCCUCACCAGCCCCACCGCUGACGUCGCCGGUGGCGGCGGCGGCAGCCUCGGCAGCGCAGCGGCCGCCGCCGCCUGCGCAGCCGUCUCCGGGCCUUGGGGAGGCGCUGCAGCUGCAGCUGCAGCAGCUGCAGCUGCCGGGUCGGGCGACCGCCCACCUGCUGGGGCUGGUGCAGGCGCUGGAUGAGGCGGGGGCGGCGCCGGAGGACGUGGCGGCGGUGCUCGCCCGCGUGCCGCUCAUGCUAGUGCGCCACCGCACAGCGGCGGCGGCGGCGGCGGUUGCAACCGACGGCGUCAACGGUAACGGCAACGGCGCCGGUAAAGGGAACGGCAACGGUGCGGUUGACGGAGGCCUCAGCGGCGGCGGCGGUGGUGGCAGCGGCGCCGGUGCCGGCGACGUGGUUGUGAAGGUGGAGCGCGAUGUGGAGGAGGGCGGCGGUGGCGGCGUGGGGCCAGAGCUGCUGCUGAGAUUGCGGCAUCAGCAACAGCAGCAGCAACAGCAGCAGCAACGGCAACAGCAACUGCGGGAUGAGCUGUUGGGGCGCAAUGACGGCGGCAGGGCCUCGGAGUACAGCCCCCGCCGCCCUGCGGCAGUGGCGGCGCUCACUGGUGGUGGCUUUGGUGGCGGUGGCGGCGGCGGCGCUGCGGCCCCUGAUGACGUGUACACGGCGUGCAGCCAGCAGCUGAUGGCUCGCCAGUUGGGAGUCCGAAUCAACGGCUACCCCAGCAGACCCUCGCCGCCGCCCUCGCCGCCGCCGCUGGCGCAGCAGCAACAACAGCAGAAGCAGCAGCAAGUGCAGCAGCACAAGCAGCAACAGCAACAGCAACUGCAGCAGCAGCUGCAACAGCUGCAACAACUACAAAAGUUGCAGCAGCUACACAACCAUCAGCAGCAGCAGCCGCAGCAGCAGCAGCGGCCGCUGCAGCCGCCGGCGCGGCAGUUGAGUGGCGCCAGCAACCUACACCAGGAGCUGAGGGCCCAGAUGGAGAGGCUGGCGCCAGCGGGUGGCGCCUCCGGUGCAGGAGAGCGUGGCGGCGGUGGCGGCGGUGGCGGCGGCGGCGGCCAGAUGUACCGCAGCCUGCCGGCGCUGUCGGGGCGGCAGCAGCUGCUACAGCCAGACCAGGCGCCCGGACUGCUGCUACAGCUGGGGGGCGGUGGUGGUGGUGGUGGUGGUGGUGGUGGCGGGGCGGCGGGGCCCGCUGCAGAGUUCGGCCGCUCGAGGAAUGAGGUCGUUAGCUUGGGCGAUGGCUGCGGCGGUGACGGCGGCGGCGGCGGUGGCGGCGCCGGUGGUGGCGGCGGCGGCGGUGAUGGGCUGGAAGUGCAGUACCGCUACCUGAGUGUGAUGCAGGAGCGGCUGCUGCGACAGCUGGGGCUGCCCAAACAGGCCUGGCAGCAGCAGUAGCAGCGGCCGUAGCAGUGGCAGUAGCAGCGGCAGUAGCAGUGGCAGCAGCAGCGGCAGUGCCAGGAGCAGCAGCAGCAGCAGUAGCAACAGCAGUAGCGAUGGCAGUAGCAUCGCGGGCGGCGGCAGCCACUGGCGGGCGUGGUGGGUGCGCUCCUGGAGCCGCCGGCAGUGAUUGCAUGGAGGCCACACGUGCGUGUGUGUUGCGGCUGGUCCCGAAACACAGCAAAGGCAUGCCAGCGGGCUCCAACGUUUUGAUCGUAACACUGAUAGACAGAGCAGGGCAUGGUCGCUGAUUACGCUUAGGGUGAUGCAAAAGACCAAUGAAGGGCGUUGUGCCGUUCUACUUGGUGCAAUACGGCAGUAGAAGCUUGUGUGCGUACCGAUGGUCGGGUCACUGUAGGCGCAGGGACAGAGGGAAGAAGUGAUGUGGACUGGGUAUGCCGGGCUGCGCGUGUUUACCUAUGGUACGUGAUGCGCCGCGUCACUGGUAUUGACGGUUGAUGGCAGGCGGUUGGGUGUUGUGCUGCGUUGUCCUUUCAGUAACAGGACAGCAGAUGAUAGACGUUCCCGGAACACGGCACUACAUCGGGUUGCCGGGAGCUUCACCACCCCGCCCUGCAUCGGGCUCCAUUCUCAUGACUAUGGUACUAAGGAAACCGCUUUGUAUGGUAAGCGGUACGGGGGUGCACGAUGUCAACGGCCUUUUGCGCCGUUUUGCGCAGGCGCCGGGAGGACAAAAUGCAGGAGCGGUUUGGACUAGGUAUGGCGUCUUGCGCGUACUCGUUUGAUUGCGGCGCGUGCAAAACCUCGCCGUUGCCGCCUUGCCGGUUAGUUUCUGCCGACGGCACACGGUGUCGGGUCGGCGGGAGAGUGUGUAUGCGGGACGAUGGGUGGCUGGCUGUUUUGUCCCAGCAUAUGUGGCAACACGCGUUGCCGUGUUGGGCGUUGCGUCCACGCUCAAAAGAGGCAACAGGUGAACUCGGCAAUUGUCAAACUUUGACUUAUUUGGGAACUUACUCCUUGACAAUUGGGUGUGCCAACAGGGUGCCAUGAUGGCCAAUGGAUGGAUGGGUGGGCGUAAGAAGGUGCAGGGAUUAUCCGGGAUUGGGCCCGAGUGGUGGGUUGUGGGUGCAGGGUUUGGGUGCGCUAGUCAUGGGCGUGUGUGUGUGUGUGUGUGUGGUCCUGAUGCUUGCAGGGGCAAUUGACCAACAGCCACGCUCGGGCACAAGGCGGAGUGGGUCACAGAACAAGGCAAGGAAGGAGGUGUGUGCGUACAUGCAUGGUAGUGAGGUACCCGUACGUACUAGAAGCGGGGGUGGGCCGCCUCGGCAAGUAAGGCGAAGCGACGGGGGGAAAGCCCAGCCGGCGGCAAGGUGACGAGGACUUGUGGUUUUCUAGCUUUCAAGUUGGCCACGGACUGCUGAAAGAGGUGCGCAAGUAGAGGCUUGACACAGAGGGACAUAAUUGUAUGAGAUACAUACAUGAACUUGCCAUGUAGAGGCCGAGGGCGUUACUGGGGGUGUGGGGCGAAUAAUACCGCCCGGACCCCCUCAUUGCGUACGUUAGAGCAUCCCUCCACGGCAGAGCGGGCGCGUCACCGGUUUUUCGCCUCCCCCCUGUUGACGGGAGGUAGGGAGGGAGGGUGCGUGCUGUUGCUGUUAGCAAAGGAUGGGAGGAACCCCGAGCCUAAAUUGCUUGCGUGCCUAGGCUACCACAGGCCACCCGCUGAGAGGGUUAGGCACGGGGGCUGUGCGUUCACUAACGACUCCAGCUUGUCGUACUGCUGUGAGGUAACUUUUCCUGUCUGGCGGCGGUGGCGGCCUUGGGUAACUGCGGUGUGUGCAGUCCCGAUCAGGCUCCUGCAUGCCCCUGCGUGCUGUAGAGCGAGGGUGUGUGUGGAUCUCGCGGGUUGGCCCCCUCACUGCAGGCAGUGGAAUGACAGGAGGAGCCUGAAGGAACCGGCCCGUUUGCACUUGGGCUGCGCACGCAUGCUGCGCUGGCGAGCAUUGGCGUGCCAAAUAUCAAACAAAACAGACUGCGGUACGGAAGACGUACUAGCUCGUGAAUGAAUUGUUGCGCCGCAUGGAUAGCUGAUGAUAAGGAUGCUAGGAUCAGGAUGCGCGCCGGCUGGUAGGACUGCAUAGGGUUUGUGCCUCGGCUGAGUGAUAACUUCUGGGUCAGCAGCCUGGCUUUGCGGUGGCAGGCGGUGGCGUCUUGGCUCCGGUCUCUCGCUCGCCCGCCCCGCCAUCGUACAACCCGGUAGCUGCAGAGGACUGCAAGACGGAGCAAGCGGACGUGUGUUGAGGGAGAACAAAGGAGGAGGAGGACACAACCGUAAGGCACCGUUAUAUUACUGUUAGCGAGCGUGUUUUUGCGCUGAAAAAAGACUGGUGUAUUCAUGUGGACGGCAGUCGGGACCGCCCAGUCGGGGCCUCCGUCGGGCUACUGUGUUCGCCGUCAUUACCUCACCAGGGCCGUAGGGCGGGGACCCUGUGGUGGUUGGGGCCUGGCGACGCUGUUGCAAGUGCCGGACUGCAACCGCCGGAUAAUUCCGGGUAGUGUGACGCAGUGCAGGAUAUGCAUGCGGAUCGCUGGCGCGCCAGGCAGGCGCGCCGGCGCGGCCCAGCAGGCUUUGCGACUGCGCUGCCCUGCCGAAUAAUAACUAGUGCAAGGAGCUAAGGCCGCAAGGACCUUGAACCCUUGAUAGUAGGUUGUAACCAUUCAUCAUG